AUGGUUAGGACUAGAGGAUUAGGUCGUGCCUUAGGUCAGGUUACUAGCAGAGGUGUGGGCAGAGGAGAUCGUGAUGAUUCCGAUGAUGCUCGGCAGCGUCGAUGGCCUACUGCAUCCGCACGGAGGCAGCGAGUCGUUGUGACUGCGGAUCACAUCGAUGAGUCAGUCAUCCCUGCGCCAGAUGUUCAGGAUGACACGAUGGAGGCACCAGCUGCUGUGGAGGACAUUCCUGCAGACGCAGGUGCAGAGGCGGCUGAGGAUCAGCCUCAGGGAUUUCCGGGUGGUCCGAGCGACCCAUCUGUGUUGACAGCGUAUGCGGCUCACGUUGCUUGCAGCGUAUGGACGGGAGAGGAGCGUCCUGAAUUGAAGCUAUCCUCUCAUGGGAGGAAGGUCCACAGUUUAGGCAGGUCUGUCCCUGCCAUUGAGGGACUUAUUGCUGGUACAAGACUAAGUCCUCUGAUCGCGUGUUCGGUAGACACCGGCGAUCGGGGACUUUUGUCCGCGUUUGUGGAGCGAUGGCACCGGGAGACGUCUAGUUUCCAUCUCCCGGUGGGAGAGCUCACCAUCACAUUGGACGACGUCUCCUCUCUUCUCCAUCUUCCCGUUAUUGGCGACUUACACGCAUUUGAGCCCUUGCACGUGGACGAUGCGGUUCAGAUGCUGGUGGACUUGUUGAUGGUCUCUCCAGAGUCUGCUAGGGCUGAGACAGUCCAGUGUCACGGACUGUACGUACGCCUGCAAUGGAGUGCAACCAAUGUCCAUGUUGUCUACUUGGAGGCCCUUUGUGACCUCAGUAUGACAGAGAGGUACGCCUGGAGAGUGGCUGCUUUGGUUCAUAUGUACGACCAGCUGAACGAUGCAUCUAUGAGCCACAGUCGACAGCUUGGCGGUUACAUCACACUGCUGCAGGACUACGACGAGGCUUCUCCGCGUGCGUGCAGGUGGAUUGCGACGAAGAAGACUGUGAAGAGCAUUCGCACGCCGUCGUACAGGGAGUGCUUGGACCGACUCCGGAUUCCGGAUGUCUGUUGGAUCUCGUAUGGGGAGCAUCGGGAGGUCCGGGACUUCAACGUCAGAUCAUGUUAUUCCGGUCUCUUGCGCUGGGGGCCUGUUGCUGUUUAUUACCGACCGGAGAGGGUCGUGCAGCAGUUUGGUUACACGCAGACCAUUCCUGCUCCUCCUGUCGAUUCAUGGGUCUCGUAUGAUGAUAUACACGACAGGUGGAUGCACUACGAGGAUCAUAUCGUACCUGCAGGUGAGGUGUGCGUUGUGCCAGGGGCGUGUUCCAGUGACUACAUCGACUGGUUCUUCCGCAUCUCCCAUCCUUUCAUGACACCAGGCCACGCAUUAGAUCCUCUGCCUCAUGGUCACGCCCCGCAGCCCCGAGUCGUCCCUCAGGCCCCGCAGUCGGAUAUCCCUCGCGUGUUGGAGCCAGGAGCAUCGUCGACAUCUGCGGAGGAGCCCAGACAUGCAGUGGAAGUUUGUGAUGACAUUGCUGAGAGGUUGAAGCGCCAUCUGAGUCUAGGGGUGGUCACGCCUGGCUCAUCGACACAUGAAGUGAUCGAAGAAUGCCUCAGAUUGGCCAGGAGUGUGACACUGGACCAUCUAGUAUACGUUAGGUAUAGACGCAGGCGGCGCACUGAUCAGGCGUAG